AUGUCGGCUGGGGUCGGUGACGGGCGAUCGAUCAGGCUAACCACUGGGGUAAGUGUUGCAGCCUACGCGACAUGCUCGAGCUUGGCGAUCGUGACAAACAAGGUGGCGAUUCAUCACGUUCCUUUGCCAGGCUUAAUUUUCUGCUCACAAUUGGCCGCGACGGUUGGUUUCAUUCUCGUCCUGCGCACCUCCAAGUUGAUUGAAGCCGACCUGUUCUCCUGGAGCGCCGUCGCGACCUUCAUCCCCUACAUCUGCUCCUUCAACCUCUCGCUGUACUCCAACGGCAGGGCCCUGGCGGCCUCGAACAUCGAGACCGUCAUCGUCUUCCGGGCCCUGUCGCCGCUCUGCGUGAGCGUGCUGGACUGGAUGUUCCUCGGGCGGGAGCUGCCCGACGCGCUCGUGGGUGCGGUCGGCUACGUCCACGCCGACAGCCAGUUUGCCUUGCUGGGGGUUUCGGCGUACAAGUGGGUCUGCCUGAAUCUCGCCGGCAUCGUCUUUGAGAUGACGUAUGGCAAGAGGCUGAUCUCUGGGGUGCAGUUUCGUUCCCCUGUUUGGGGCGCGACCUUCUACACCAACGCGCUUGGGCUGCUGCCCAUGUUCGCCACUGCCAUCGCCGCUGGGGAGGCUUCCAGGUUUCCAACCACCAAGAUAGACCUCCAGGCGACGUGCUGGCUUUGCGUCUCGUGCGUGAUCGGCAUCGGCAUAAGCUGGUCCGGUUGGAACUGCCGGUCCAAGGUGUCCGCCACGGCCUACACGCUGCUGGGGGUGGUAUGCAAGCUGGUCAGUGUCAUCCUGAACGUUUUAAUCUGGGACAAGCACGCGUCGCCGAGCGGGAUGCUUUGGCUGCUGGUGUGUCUCGUCUGCAGCGCAGCUUACAGGCAAGCGCCGCCGCGGAAGAAUCUGACAGGGUCGCCGGACAGGGACGAUCCGAAGGAGAGAGGCUCUAGUGCGGAGAUGCAGUAUAUGAUCGGUUCGGCGACAUGUGAGAUCAAAUCGCCAGGCGGCUCUCGUAAGGACAGCUGUGGGAUGUAG